AUGUUUAAAAAACUCAACAAAUUCAUUGUAAAUCAAAUGGAUCCAUGCAAAGAAUUGGAUCCUGUCGAGAGCAUCGCAAACAAUGAGCACUUCAGGCCUUUCUGUCUACUGAUUAAAAAAAGAAAAGCAAACCACAUAUUCCACCCAGCUCCCUACUACCAGCAGACAGGAUUCACACUGGAGGAUGUGCUGCUGCCUGGAGAAGAUGGAAAAAGCACAGAGGCCCUCCAUCAAGAAUCCAGCCAAUUUACUCUCACAAAAGUCAGCACUGACCAAGCUGAUGGAGGUCUCAGCAUUUCUUUUGACCCUGCCAGUGUAGAGAUGAAAGGAGGUGCUUCCUGGUCCAAAGGGUUUUCUAUCAAGCCACAGAAGAAGAGUGUACCACUGCAAUCACUGGAGGCACUGAGAAGAGAAAGGAAAAUCAACAUGGAUCAUUCCUUCAUCCAACAACUACAGAGAACAGGCAUCAAGCUGCACAUGGUCACUGAAAUCCUCGAGGCCUCAGAGGAGGCUGUCUACAAGGAAUCCACCAAGGCAGACGGGGGCUUCAUGGCCAAAUUUUAUGCCACACUCUCUGCAAAGGGCACCAGAGAGAACAACCAAGGCAUAGUGAUACCCAAGGGCUGCACGCUGGCCUUCAGGACCGUCCCACUAUACAUUAGAGACGGAGAAUGGGAUGUGGGUUAUUGCAUACCAGAACUCUACGGAAAUGUCGGUCCACAAGUUGCCAUAACAGGAAAAUUAGGAGAAAUGGGGAGAGAAGUUGAAAUCUGCUGUCAAAUCUUCUCUGAGUUAUCUCCUGACCUGCAGCUCAUCAUCUUAAACACCAUCACAGCUGUGAUGAGAGACAAGAACCUCCUUCAAGAGCUCAGCCACAAAAUGGAAGAAUUUUCUGAGCAAAAUGAUGAUUAUCAGCUGGAAACUGAGAGCCCAGACUUAAAAGAGCUGUUCAGCACCUUGCAGCAUUCCCCAAGAGAUCAUCUCCUUCUGCUGGCAGAAGGAAUCACCUACGUCCUUGAUGCCUUGCAUGAGUUAACGGAGGAUCAGCUGCUGCUGCUGCUGGAAUCCUUGGAAAGGAAGAUUGUGUCCCAACAGCUGAACCUGGUUGCAGAGCUACUGAAACCUAAUCUGCAGUUUGGGAAGGAGCCUUUCUUUGUGGAUCCUGGUCUGCUGUCGUUCCCUCACAAGGAGGAACAGAGGUUAACCAUGGCCCUGGUGGAGCUGAGUGGAGUGCAGCUCCAGGAAGAUGGAUCAGCUGUCCCCAGGGAUCAACCCUUCGAGGCUGUGGCAGCCCUGUUAGUGGCCCUGUACACCCUCAGCCUCCUGAGUGGCUCCGAGUAGGAGGUACCUGGCCCUGUCCAGGGAACCCCUCCACAAGAUGUUGGGAAAACUCUGCUGACAAGAGUUUUCCCUCCCAAUAUCACCAUUGUUAAUGCUCAAGGCUGCUUUGGCUGGCAAAAGCAAAUUUAAGGCUAGAAAAUUCAUUAUGGAUGCUAAAGGCUGGAUAUCAAAGUGGAUUUGUCUAUCUCCCCAAGAAUUCUGAGGGAAAACAGGAAAAUCCACAAGCCCAAAGAAUCACAGGCCUGGCACAGGUGCUUCAUGUAAUCCUGCUUCUCUUAAAAUGCUGCUGCUGCUGCUUCUGCAAUCAGUAAAUGGGAAAGAGAACACAAAGGGAAUGGGAAGGAAAUGCAGAGGGGAAAGGGGAGGUGCAAGGAAAAAGGGAAAGAACAUACAAAGGCAAAAAUGAAAAGCAAAGGAAAAUGGAGGAAAUGAAAAUAAAACAAAAGCCAAAGGAAAUCAUCAGCACAGAUUCACCCUGGUCCCUCUCGGGUUCAGUGGUGGCUCCAUUCACUACUGGUUGUAGGAAGGUGGGGAAAUCCCAAAGGUUUCACUGUCACCUCUCCAGUCCCAUCUCCCCGAGAUGCUCAAGAGCCAUGGGCAGCACUUCAGAGAGAUGUCACAAAUAUUCCCAUUAUCACUUUCUAAAUAAAGAGCAGCUUCUUAAUAAGCAAUUUGGUGGUCUCAAAGGCUAUUUCUUAAUUUUGUGUCUUUUCCAUCACAUGGCACACAUGACAACCUCAGGACUGAGGCUGUACCAGAAAUAAGGGUCCUUGAUGUGGACACAGCAAUCUCAUGUAGAGAACUUUCUAAAAGAAAGUGUGAAUAUUUUUAUUACUCCUUUUUACAGUAUUCUAAGAGAGACUAAUAAAAGUGAAGUAUUCAGGUAAAAA